CACAGGCUGGAUUUAAUUUGAGGGUCAAAUGGCCUGACAGCACUUAGGACACCCUGUGGAGAGUAAAUCUGAGGUGUCAUGCUGCCCAGUUCGACGCAGUGGGUCCAGACAGCUUGCUAGGAAUUUUUUCCAACUUUCUUCAGGAAGACUAAUAUUUUUUGGGUUUUUUUUUUUUUUUAUGGUCUACUUUUAAUGGACUAAGUUUUCUCAUAAAGCUCCUGUGUCACCUCCGAGAUCUGCCUGAAUCCCCGUGCAAAAAGAAACAAACGAUGUCCUAUACAUCCAAACUUCCCGCCUCCUGGAAUGAUAAACCCCCUCCUCGGAAAGUGGAAAUUGACCUGAGCUCGCCAGGUUUAGCGGUGUUUGAGUUGGAAAGACUCUUGUUUACUGGCAGAGCAAUCAUCAGCCAUGCAGAUGAAGUGUGGCCAAAGCUUUACAUUGGUGACCAACACAGUGCAGAGAACUGCGCUGAUCUGUCCAUGCAUCGAGUCACUCACAUCCUGAAUGCAGCUCACAGUAAACGCAGAGGACAGCCGGAAAUCUACGACCGCAUGAAGAUCAGCUACAUGGGCAUAGAGGCUCAUGACUCCUGUGACUUUGACAUGAGCGUUAACUUCCAGGCAGCGGCCGACUUUAUCCACAGGGCUCUCAGCAAAGGAGGCAAGGUGUUGGUGCACUGUCAUGUAGGGGUGAGCCGUUCUGCCACCCUGGUCCUGGCCUACCUGAUGCUGAAGCAGAACCUGACCCUCGUGGAGGCUAUUUGUGCUGUGAAAGAUAACCGGGGUGUUAUCCCCAAUCGAGGCUUCCUCCGGCAGCUCAUCAAACUGGACGGCCAGCUCUUUGGCCCACACUGAACCCUACCUGAUAGCAUUACUGGUCAGCUUUCAUGGGUCCAGAACACGAGGGCUGAUAUGAUAAAGAUAGUUCGAGUAUACUCCAUAAUGUUAUGAGAUCCACUGAUUUCAUUAUACGUUUGCAUAAAUCUUUUUUUUUUUUACUUUGAGUGCUACUGAUAUUGUUUUUGACAACGGACUUUCAUCAUCUGAUCCUUUCCUGUGUAGAAAUCCUUCUGAAAUACUGAGAGUUGCUAGUUCUCUGAAGAAUUACAGCCUCGGUGUGAUGAAUCAGAUCUCUUUAUUUCAUUCUGCACGGAGAGAAGACCUCAACAUGGUUGUUCUCUGAGGGGACUUUCAGAGUGUUUUGCCUCAUAAUAAGUAAACGGAAGAACAGUUGCUGAGCUCCUGACAAAGUUGAUUCCAUCAAGGUGUUAAUUGUAUGUCAAAUACCUUCCUUACUACAAUGGUCCUUCAUUGUUCCAGUAUAAUCUGACUGUCAGUGGAUUCUGAUCUGAAAAUAAAAUGCUUAUUUCCCACACCAAAA